AUGUCAACAACAGCCGCUCAGGUAAAAAAAGACGAUGGAUUGCCACAAAACGUCUGCGGUGACUGCCUAAACGUUUUACAAAUGGUGGUAACUUUCCGUUGUAAUGCUUUGAAAGUCGAAGAGCAGCUGAAAAAGUUGGUUUUCACUGAAAGUAACGUAAAAGAAGAGUUUAAACAGGAAGAUUUAGAAGAAACAACAAAUUUUGAACCAGCUUAUGAAGCUACUGAAAUCUGCCCAAGUUCCUUCCUACCUAAAGUUGAAGAGAAAAACGAGGAAGUCGAUAGACCAUUCAGAUGCAAACAGUGUCCAAAAACAUAUACAAGACAAGAUCAACUACUUGAGCAUGAGAAGAGGCAUGAUAGAGUCAGAUCUCAUGUCUGUUCAUAUUGUAAUAAAGGUUUCUUCCAGUUAUGCAGUUUAAAAGAUCACCUGCGGGUGCACACAAAGGAAGCCCCAUAUUUAUGCUCCGAAUGUGGCAAAAGCUUCACAAACAACUCUAACCUGCGCCAACACAUGAUAAGGCAUUCCGGUAUAAAGCCAUUUGCUUGCACCUUUUGCCCAAAGACAUUCAGUACCAAAGGUCAAAUGGUGAGUCACAUAAUAACCCACACGGGCGCCCACCCGCACAAAUGCGACGAGUGUGGCGCCAGCUUCACGAAGCCGAACUCUUUGAAGAAGCACAAAUUCAUACACCUCGACGUGAAAGCGUUCGCAUGCGAAACUUGUAACAAGAGGUUCACGUGCAAGGACCACCUGAAGAGGCAUCAGCGCAUCCACACUGGAGAAAAGCCCUAUCGCUGCAAGUAUUGCGAGCGCGCCUUCACCCAGAGCAACGACGCCAUCAAGCACAUGAGGAUGCACGUCGGCCAGAACAUAUACCACUGUACGGUGUGCAACAUGAAGUUUAGACUGAUGCGCGAGUUGAAGAAGCACUACCCCACCCACUACAUCAAGGGCGGAAAGCCACCCACGGUCCCCGUCGCCAAGGGGGUGGUGGCCCCCAUACUGUUGGGGUCCCCUGAAGCUGAACCCUCAGAACCCGCCCAGAUCGCCCUCACCGUCACCGAAAUGGGCGUGGUAUGGCCGGAG